AUGGAUCAACAUUCCGGCUCCGCGACCCUUCCGCGGGGUUUCCGGUAUUCCGGCUGCGAGGCACCCAAGACGCCCGAGCCCUCUCUUCAGUCUGACGAUGCUCGAAUCCCUUCCCCCCCAAGGCCGCGCUUGAAGCUAAGACGACGAGUCGUCUCUCAACUGUCUGCGCCAACACAGCAAUUUCUAGCCUCAGUUGCUGCCGCCGACGUGCCGAUACCAAGCAUCGAGGAGCCCGAGAUCGUUGCGCACGACUUUGCCAUGUCCGGUUCUGAAGCCUUUCCGGGUCGUCACCAAGGCCACGGAGGAGAUGUGCAUUUGCUCCAGCCUCCCUCGCGACUCUUCUCUCCACCAAAGACACCGGCGCCCGAGCUUCUUCCGUCUCAACCACUAACUCAGUAUCCCGAUUGGACCGUUAGCACUGCUGUCAGCAGUGCCGAGUCCACGCCAGAACCCGACUACGAGUCCAGCAGGCCAUCAACGUCAAGGUCAACGCAGACCAGCGCGUCUUUGUUUAGCCAUUUAUCAAAUUUGUCGGAUGAUGAUCAUUGUGAGAUCUUCGCCGACGAGCAGAAGAGCACUGAUGUUGUCGUCCCAGGCGAUAAUGUAACGUCUCACCGGCCAAUGGACCCCAAAGGAAAAGCGAGGAAAGCGCCAUGGACGAAGGCUAUGAGCGACCAUUUGUGGUCGACUUUUGUGCUGUAUCUUCAGGAUCCCAAGGUUACUCCCUUCCGAAUGGGCAAGUCGUGCAUCCCCCCCCAUGGCGUGUGUCACCGCGUUGCGCGUGAGGCCAAGCGAAGCUGGAAAGGCUCCAAGGCCCUGGCCAAGGCAGCCAAUCCUGUUGAAGACGGGAAGAGCGGUAGUACAACCCCAACGGCCGGCAGCUCGGGCACCUUCAUCCAGUGGCCGCACACUUGCGCGGCUACCCGCGCACACCUGCGUGAGCUCUGCAGGUUGAAAGCCAGCACCCCGGGUAACAACCACCGCUUCAAAUCCCGAAGCAACACCCCCUUUACCCAAUCCGCAGCCCGACACUGGAAUAGGCGCUCGACGCCAGCUCGUUCUCCAGGCCCGUUCGCGACACAAGAUAUGAACGUGUCACUCACCUUGAGCACAUCGGAGAGCAUGCAACCGAGCGGUCCUUUAGCCCAGCUCGCAGUGUCAGGUUCAGAACCCACUGAGCAAAGCCGUUCACCCAUUCCCAUACAUCAAGACCUCGGCACUGCUGAGGAUGAGCUCUCCUUCGCCGAACGACGCCGGCUAGCGUCUCCGUUUGGCGCAAGCAGUUAUGGGCCAAGCUCGUCGGGCUCCUUAGCCGCGGUGCUCGGCCUGAGCGAUUCCACACCACGCAGGCAAUCGCAUACUGUCGGACCGCGGCGGACGCUCCAAUCACCUGUUCGUCUCAGCAGAUCGGGUACACAGAAGCGUCGUCACACCCAGUCUGGUGUUCCCCGCAAGCGUCCUAGUAUAGGGUCCGAUUUGUGGCUCAAACCCAGCCUCGGCGCAGGACCGGCAGCAGACACAAUCUCCACCGAGGAACUCAGCCCCCGCACAUCAAAUAACAACGACGGCCUAUUUACCCCGAGACUCCCAGCAAUGCCCGCUCUGACUUCGUCUGCCAGCAUGCCAAGCGUUGGAGCGCAGCUUGAGGCGGCCGACUUAGCGCCGCCACCGCCGCGACUAGGCUCCCCGUUUUCCGGCGCCAGCUCCAGCUUCAGCUUCCCCCAUCGAGUUCAUCGCAUGCAGGGCGGAAGUGUCGAUUUGGGUGUUCUUGGGCGGCCCUUCGCCACGAUCCAGCAGUUCGCAAACGAAUCGACGGCGCCGCCGUCACGCCACAACCUCGCUGGCCGCCUGGCCUACAUCGACCAACGCCUCAAGGAGCUCCGGCAGCGCGACGCCAAUCGCCGCUCCGAGUCUCCCUUGUAA